AUGCUAUCAACCCGCUGCACAUCCCGCGUCCCAUCAGCAGCCUCCCGCCGCUCCCUCCGCCUCCGCCAUUCCCAAAUACGGCCCAUCACAGACGGCCGAAACGGGAUCCGCGCCGCCGCCCCACAACCCUCAACCACCCUCCAACUUCAAAAGGGCAACACACCCCCUGCACCUCACCCCAACGACCGGUUGUUUGCCCAUGCGGCGUUUUUUGCAGAACAUAGACCUUUGAAUUUGAAGAGUUAUGGUGCCAAGGCGGUCGUGCAGAUUGAGACUGCCAGGAGGGGUGAGACGGCGGCGCCAACCACGAUGGGGCCGACGGGGAAUAUGUUUGCUGAAGGCCCACAUCUUCGACACCUGAUCGAACGAAUUGGCGAGAAGCGGGUAUUAGCACUCUACAACGACGAAUACUGCAAAAUCUUCGGCACCGUCCCCUACUCCACCCCCCUGCGCACAUUCGGCGCCCCGCAUUACCCCACGGGCCCACAAGCCAUCGUCUCUCAAGCUCAGCUUCGCAUGAAACGGCCUAAACACCCGCUCGACACCGUGUCUGAAUAUAUCGCGAGUAAACGCAUCGCGCAACCUCUCCCUUCCUCUCUCUCCCCACCGCCCUCCUCCGUUACGAAUCCGAUAACGCUUGCGAAACAAGCUGUAGUGGACCGCGACUUCACGAACCCGAGGACGCUGGAACCCGUCGAUGAGGACACGGCAGAGGUCCUUGCGUGCAUGCUAGUGGACUCCAAAGCGCAGUUGGGCCUGACCGAGCAGCAGAUGCUUGAUACCUUCGGCCCAGAAAACAAUAUCGACGACUCCGACCCCGUUGCCGCCGCUCUCGACGCCUUCCAAAUGGGUCCGCGUGUCUCCAACCCCACCGCCGCUUCCCUCAUCCGUGGUCGCAGUGGGAGACAUGGCCGGAUCUACAAAUUCGCUGCGAAACGCACCACAGCCAUUGGCGACGCACCUGCAUCCACCACCGAAGACAAGACAAUGCACGCGAUCAGCAUCCUCAAACGACGCCGAAAGGCGAUGAACAAGCACAAAUUGCAGAAAAGACGGAAGGCGGUGCGGAACUCGACAAAGUACAAUAAGGAACGGAGGAAGAAGGGUGGGGCGCAGAGGGAGAAGCAGGAGUAG